AUGGCAAUGUCAAUCUUUGGGAAAGAACUCCUGGAUAAUUUGACACAUACAUUGCGGACGGACGCUGUAGAUUACAACAUCGGUUUGCCAGACGCUGUAUAUUUGGAGGUCUCAAAGCUAAUCACUGCGCUGAGCAUGAACGAAACCACGGCCGACGAAGUCAUCCUUCAGAUCAUGAUUAUUAGCGCACCAUUACCCUACGGUCAAUGCCGCCUUUUGAGAGGUUUAGCCAACAUGAUCCAAAAGCUGCCUGACACACCUGCCGCCAAAAACUGUAUCAAGGAAAUGGCUUUAUGGAGCACAUUUUAUGAUCCCAUGCUAUCAUGCCUCCUUGCCGAUCCUUCCCGAAAAGUGCACUUGCAAUGGGUUGACACAAUUCCAGCCGAAGGUGGCCAGUCGCGGCCAGAUGCAGUAAUUGUGGAGAAACAGCAGAGACUCUUUGUGCGAUCCCGCGGGUAUGGAGAAGCCAAAGCUGAAGGAAGAAGCCCGCAUGACAUUUCAGUGGAUUUCAUCCGUCUCGCAGUGUUCAGUAAGGACACCAUCGAUGUACACCAAUUGGAUUCCGCCAUUGGUUUCCAAAUUCACGGCUUCAUCAUCACCUUCUACCUAUCCCAACUUCUCCCAUCUGGAGUGAACGUCAUGUUCGAGAUUGCGCGAAUCAGCUUUCCGCGGUCGUUAGAGGGAUUGCCCGCGUUUUUUAAUCUUCGUAACGUCCACUUGUUACUCGCAAUUAAUGAUGUGUUUUGGCGUCUCUGUGUCGUGUCCAGCAACCGCGCCGCGAUUGCUAACCGAUAUCGUUCAACUCCAAGCAAUUGGCAAGAUUUUGUGGACAACCGUCAAGAUUCCUUGCGUAUGCCGUCACUACGUAUUGACCAGUAG